AUGGCAGAGUAAUGAAUAUUUUUAUAAAUUUUUUAGGGAAAAGGAUACAAAAACAAUUCCCCUUGAUGAGAAUGAUAUAAACCUUUUGAAAAAAUAUGGUAUGGGACCAUAUGCAGAGAAAAUUAAAUAAUUAGAAGAAGAAAACAAAAAUUCUGUUACCACAAUAAAUAAGAUGGUAGGUAUAAAAGAGAGUGAUACAGGUUUAAGUAUUCCAAGUACAUGGGAUUUAGUAGCAGAUCAAAAACUUGCUUCAGUAAUUAAAAAAUUUAAUUUUUUAGGAACAUCCAUUGACAGUAGCUAGAUGCACAAAGAUAUUUAAAUCAUCUUUAUAACAAAAGGAUCUUUAUAUGAUCACUAUAAAACAUAUAGCUAAGUAUGUUGUUGGAUUGGGUGAGAAAGUGGCCCCUACAGACAUUGAGGAAGGAAUGAGAGUUGGAGUAGAAAGAUAAAAAUAUGCAAUUUAAUUACCCUUACCACCAAAGAUUGAUCCAUCUGUAACAAUGAUGACUGUAGAAGAUAAACCUGAUGUUACAUAUAAUGAUAUUGGUGGAUGCAAAGAAUAGUUAAAAAAAUUAAGGGAAGUAGUUGAAAUGCCUUUAUUGAAUCCAGAAAAAUUUAUUACUUUGGGUAUUGAUCCACCUAAAGGUGUUUUGAUGUAUGGACCUCCAGGAACAGGUAAAACAUUGACAGCAAGAGCAGUUGCCAAUAGAACUGAAGUAUUUUCUUGAAGAAAUUUAGGCAUGCUUUAUUCGUGUUAUUGGUUCAGAAUUAGUUUAGAAAUAUGUAGGGGAAGGAGCAAGAAUGGUUAGAGAAUUAUUCUAAAUGGCAAGGACUAAAAAGGCAUGCAUUAUAUUUUUUGAUGAAAUCGAUGCUAUUGGAGGAGCAAGACAUGAUGAUGGAAAUGAUAAUGAUGUUUAAAGAACAAUGCUUGAAAUAGUUAAUUAAUUAGAUGGAUUUGAUUCUAGAGGAAAUAUUAAAGUGUUGAUGGCAACUAAUAGACCAGACACUUUAGACCCAGCACUUUUGAGACCUGGAAGAUUGGAUAGAAAAGUCGAAUUUUCAUUGCCUGAUUUAGAAGGUAGAGCAGGUAUAUUUAAAAUUCAUGCCAGAACUAUGAGUAUGGAAAAAACAUUAGAUAUGAAUUAUUAGCAAGGUAUCUAUUAUUUUAAUAAUUUAGAUUAUGUCCUAAUACAACUGGUGCAGAUAUUCGAAGUGUUUGUACAGAGGCUGGUAUGUUUGCAAUUAGAGCUAGAAGAAAGGCCAUAAGUGAGAAGGAUUUAUUAGAAGCCAUUGAAAAAGUCAUUAAAGGAUAUUAGAAGUUCUCAGCAACACAAAAAUAUAUGGUGUAUAAUUGAUUCUUAUAGUCAUAAAUAAAAAAAAAUGGCAUCGUUUAUAUAUUACUUAUGA